CCUCAGCUGAAGCUAGUAAGUAAAGCUGACAAAAAUAUGCAGAACCCGAGCGUAGACGAGCAGCCUCUGCUCGUGGCCGGAUCCGUGGAGCGGGACGAGAAUGUGGCCGCGUCGGAGGCGAAGCGACUGCUGCGGCUGGCGGGGCCGCUGGUUGCAAGUGGCCUCCUCCAGUGCGCGCUGCAGCUGGUGUCCGUGAUGUUCGUGGGGCACCUCGGCGAGCUUCACCUCGCCGGCGCGUCGCUCGCCACCUCCCUCGCCAACGUCACCGGCUUCAGCUUGUUGGCCGGCAUGGCGAGCGCGCUGGACACGCUGUGCGGGCAGGCGUUCGGCGCGCGGCAGUACCACCUCCUGGGCGUCUACAAGCAACGGGCGAUGCUGGUGCUCGCGCUGGCCUGCGUCCCCAUCGCCCUCGUCUGGACCAACACCACCCGGAUCCUCCUGUUCCUCGGCCAGGACCCGGCCAUCGCCGCCGAGGCCGGCGCCUACGCGCGGUGGCUCAUCCCGUCCCUCGUCCCGUACGUCCCUCUCACGUGCCACAUCCGGUUUCUGCAGACGCAGAGCAUCGUCGUGCCGGUCAUGGCCAGCUCCGCCGUCACGUCGCUGAGCCACGUCCUCGUGUGCUGGGCGCUGGUGCACAAGGCGGGCAUGGGGAGCAAAGGCGCGGCGCUGGCCAGGGCCGUCUCCUACUGCACAAAUCUGUCUAUACUGUCCAUGUACACGAGGCUGUCCGGCGCUUGUAAGAGGACAUGGAAAGGGUUCUCCAUGGAGGCCUUCAAGGAGCUGCGCCAGUUCGCGGAGCUCGCCUUCCCGUCGGCCAUGAUGGUUUGCUUGGAGUGGUGGUCGUUUGAAUUGCUUGUGCUGCUCUCUGGUCUGCUGCCUAAUCCUAAGCUCGAAACCUCAGUAUUGUCCAUAUGUUUCAAUACUGGCGCUCUCAUGUUCAUGGUGCCAUCCGGUCUCUGCACAGCCAUAAGUACACGCGUUUCCAAUGAGCUUGGUGCCGGUAGGCCUCAGGCAGCGAAGCUGGCGACCAGACUGGUCGUAUGCCUGGCCCUGCUGGAAGGCUCGGUGAUCUCUGUCACAAUGAUUCUGCUACGCAGAUUCUGGGGCUACGUGUACAGCAACGAGGAGGAAGUCGUGGCAUACAUCGCCAGGAUGAUACCUGUUCUCGCCAUGUCUUUCUUCAUGGACGGAAUCCAUACUUCUCUUGCAGGUGUGCUAACUGGAUGCGGUGAGCAGAAGAUCGGCGCGCGUGUCAAUCUUGUCGCCUUCUACUUGGCAGGCAUCCCCUUGGCCGUGCUACUUGCAUUUGCCCUGCAUUUCAACGGGAUGGGGCUUUGGCUCGGCAUCGUUUGCGGCAGCCUCACCAAGCUUCUGUUGCUCAUGUGGAUCGUACUUUCUAUAAACUGGGAGAAGGAGGCAAUCAAGGUAAAAGACAUGGUGUUAGGAUCUUCUCUUCCGGUUGCAUGA